UCAUAUCUUUUGGUGACAAAUGCAUUCGUUGGCAAAAUAGCUGCUCGCGCUUUACUGUAGGCAGAUAUCUACAAUCAGCGGUCGAAUUAAAAACAGUGCAGAAGGAUGUUUUGAGUAUAUUUUACCUUCUAGCCGCGCAAUCAAUGCUUUUCUUUCCAACCAAGCAGUGUUUUAAUCGGCAUAAGCAUGAAAUAGAAUCGUACGUGGUACGAAUUUAUCGGCACAAUCUGAUCAAGGACGGAGGCAUCAUCAAACGGAAACUACGCGAGAAACUUUUCGAAGAGAUAAAACUGCGCCGCAACACUCGUGUCAAAAUGGACGAGUUGGGCUGGGUGCAGAUGAACCACGAUUUGAUAACGCGUAAUGAGCCAAUCCAACAGCAUGCCAAUGGUAAUCGACCAAAUCAUUUUAAAUUCAACAUGGAGCGGUUGCGAAACAUACUGGAGCAGCACAAACAGAACAAUCACGCUGAGUUGACUUCCAAAAAGCAAAACAAAUUCCUGCGUAUGCUGGAUGCAAUUUUACAAAUCGACAAAGUUUUGAAGGAAAUUAAAGAGAUCUUCUUCUUCUUCUUCAAUGGCACUAACGUUCCUAGAGGAACUUCGCCGUCUCAACGUAGUAUUACUUGCGUCAUUUUUAUUAGUACUUAGUUGAGAUUUCUAUGCCAAAUAACACGCCUUGAAUGCAUUCUGAGUGGCAAGCUCUAGAAUACGCGUGAUCACAGGCAAGUCGGAGGAAAUUUCUUUGACGAAAAAUUCCCCCGACCAGAACGGGAAUCGAACCCGAACACCCGGCAUGUUAGUUAUGACGCUAACCACUCGGCCACGGGAGCACAAAAGAGAUGGUAGUGGCGAAUCGACUUUCAUCGGAAAUUUGUUAUGUGACUGCGGUGGAACGUAUGCUGAAACACAAUUUGGACCCCUCUUUGCGCUGCUGCUUUGUAUUCCGAGAGUAUUUCCGCACUGCCGAUGAGUAUACCAGUCAUUUCGAAAAAUUGCACGGUGAGAAAUUUCUUAUUUUUGAGGCGGUGGAUCGAUUUCAGACUAGUCAAAAGGUCAACGUUCUACAUCACUACAAUGCCCUUAAUCCGGUGACAAUAUUCACGAUUUGCAACGUAUACAAGCCCUAAUAAAAAAAAACCAAGAAAAUACGGGUCUAAUAUUUUACAAUAAAGAACAAAUCUACCACUUUCCACGAAAAUCAGAGAACCACUAUAUCAGUUCGACAUGGAAUGGCUGAUACAUAUAAGU